AUGACCAAACCGUCAGAAGUUACGGCAUCUGCCGACACCUCCAGCAACAGCACAUCACCCACGACACCCUUCGAUCCUCAGAUACCGACCAGCCAUUCCCAAUCCGAGGAAAGCUCCCAGGUCAGCCCUACCCAACCUCUGCUCCCGGCCAGCUCCUCCCGGCAGGAGACUGCUCCGAAGCAAGUUGUCGAGAAGCUCCUCAAAGGAAAAGAGGUUGUUGGCAAGACAUUAGCAGAACGCAGCGGGAAGCUUACCUUGCUUGAGCUGCCUGUAGAUAUCCUUCGCCUGAUUGUACAUGAGGUUACGCAUACCAAUGACCUUACAUCCCUUGCGUUGACGAAUUCAACGCUUCACAGUUUAGCCGUUCCGCAGAUUUACUCGAGAUUCGACAUAGUAUGGCCCGAUUCCGAUGCCGAGGCUACCGAAUCUAAGAACGUCGAUGCCCUCACCUAUGGUCUCUCGACUCUCUGUCUUGGCAACUCCUUUGCCCACCGCGCCCACUUACUACGCAACCACUCCUCGUCUACACCGACUGCGGUGGUUCAUCAGCUUAGGAAGAGCAACUAUGCCCAAUACACCCGGAAGUUUUCGCUAGGAAAUGGGCCUUCCGACUGGGUAGCUGAAUAUCUCAUCUCCAAGGAGAGCGGGAAGAUGCUGGGCACUCUUGUUGCCCUCGCAGUCGAGAAGAUGGUGAAUCUGGAAACCUUCGUCUGGGAUAUGCCCACCGGCGUGAUAUCCGACAUUUUCCUAGCCCUGGCCUCUCACCAAGAUCGCUCACCAGAUGCCGAAUCCAAGUUGGAACGAGUGUGGGUUCGAUGGCAUGACAGCUACGAUGACCCCACGCAAUCCGACAAUGGCCAAAGUCCAGACUUGGCUAGCCAGACGGUUAUCCCAUCAUCGGCAACUUUAACUCCUAUUGGCAUCCUCCUCCCAUCCAACUUUGAACCACAACCCCACUCGUUGACUCCUAUGCGUUACCGGGACAGCCGCGUGGAGUACCCAACCUUUAGUGUGCUUCCGCCUCUCAGGAGUCUGACGGUAUUGGAAAUUGAUGACGUCGCCUACCUGGACGAAAUGUCUGUUCUGAUUGAGCGCUCCAAGUCUCGGCUCCGGGAACUCCGCGUUGGCAUAGGCUCUCGGGUGACGCACCGCGACUUCGUCAAAGCCUGGGACGGCUCUGACCUAGAACAAGUCGACCAUAAUGCUCACUGGCCCGGCGCAAGCACUAUCGGAGAUCGCCGGCUGGGCGGCGUCCUCGGGGUGAUAUUCGGUAGGAUCUAUGAUAUACGGCGCAAGGCGCCGAAGAAAGCGGAUGAUAAUAGUGGGUCAUCAGCGGCUCAGCAGUCCCAGGCCGAAGUAGGGCCUGUUUCCUACGUCGAAGUUACGCACCCAUCAGCCGCCGGUGAUGCCUUGCCUUCUCCAGGCCACGUCGUUCCUAUCCUAGAAACCACACCGGUUCCCUCGUCCCCAGAACGACGAGGCCGUCCUUAUGUACCUCCUAGACUAGCAGUAGAUGAGCCCGCGAAUGCCCAGUCUCGUGGCGGCGACUUCCGGAAGUUGGAAGGGAAGCUGAGGUUGCGGACUCUGGAGCUUGAGCGGGUACCGCUUUCUAUGCAGGUCUGCACAAAGGCGAUUGACUGGACAACACUCACGACCUUUACUCUUCUUGAUUGCCCAUAUCAUGAUAAUCUCUGGAAGCUCUUGAAGCAGAAAUUCGCGCCGACAUCCAACAUCCCCGGGAUCAAAGAUGCGAAUGCAAUCAAGGCAGCGCCAGCAAGUUCCCUUCAGUACCACCUUGCCCUCAAGCACAUCCACACCGACCAGGUAUCCACAGCCUUGAUCAAUUUCAUCAAGGAAACCUUGGCCCCCAACUCCCUCGAAUCUCUGUUUCUCCAUGACCGCCGCCACUCACUAAGUCGCAGCGUCAGUAUCGACUCGAUAUUCAAGUCUGUCAUAGUUAGACACCGUGGCAGUCUGCGAAAGCUGUUGCUGGACAGCUCAGAAAGGCGUAGGGGAAAUACUAGUAACUUCGAGAGCCCCAGAUGGCGUCAUUGGGCACCGACGACCGACAUGGUCUUGUAUCUCACGAGCGGAAAGAUGCCAAGGUUGACAGAGCUCUCAAUGGCCAUGUAUUAUAAGGAUUGGCAUCCUUUCCUCCAAAGGCUCCCCAAUAUACCUCACCUAAGGUCUCUAUGCCUGCCCGAAAUCGCCCUUACCGACAGGGUGGCUUACAACUCGAACCCUAAAGAGCUGGCCCUGCAGCUUGUAGACAUCAUAACAUUGCGGCCAGAGAUCGAGCUCUGCUACGUCGGUCUCUCGGGCAAAUGCUUUGAAAUUUACGAAUCCGAACCCAGAUCUCGUGCUAGGAGGGCCAGACGAGGUUCUGUGGAUUCUUCAUCCAGCCCUGCUCAGGGCAGUGAUGCCUCCUCGUUCGGCGGUGACGAUGAUACUGCCAGUCAAGUCUCGGUCUCCACCGUCGAGAGUGCCCAGGGAGGCGCGACACCCGCGAGCGUUGUUUUGGAUGGCGCGGAAUCCGAGACGUCUCUCGCGCACGACUCGGAUGCGGAUCCCCUGAACGAUGUGGAUCUUGCGCUGCCCCGGUGCGAGUUCCGAGUCAGGGAGAUUCUGUUUUAUGAUGAAGUUUCUAUCUUUAAGGCUAGGUAUGCGGCGCUUUGA